UUGCGCGUGCUCGUGGAGAAGUAUUUUGAUGCUAGCGCGGCACAACAAAUUCAGAUUGAGUUUGACGUUACAAGGGAGAGGUGCUGAACGAUGGAUUACGAACCGCAAAUAGGAGAUCUUGUUUGGGCGAAAAUGAAGAGCUAUUCCCCAUGGCCAGCCCGUAUCGUCAAGCCCGGCCCCAAUUCUAAAAAACAGAGCAAAAAGGGCAGCCACUGGGUUUACUUUUUCGGGUCCAAUAACUAUGCUUGGAUUGAGACUCCCAACAUUAAACCCUAUGAAAAAUUUAAAGAAAAGUUCUCUGGAUUGUGCAAAUCGACGCCUUUCAAGGACGCAGUUGAUGAUAUUGAAAAUUACAUUAAAAAGAGAAGUGAGGACUCUAAUUACGACGCUGUUUUUGAAAGUUUACUAAAGACAGAAUCAGAACUUGUCAAACAACAACAGCAGCAAUCCCCAAAGAAACCAAGAAAGAGUGGGGCUAGCAAACGCCAAUCGUCGGAUUCUCCGCGAAAUACGUCUGCGAAGAAGCCAAAACCACAAUCUCCCUCACUGAAGUUCGACGAAAAUGGUACAUCGGAAGAACCAUAUGAAGAGGAAAUUCUUAAUCUACCCCCGAUUCUGAGUAAACCGGAGUCUCCGAAAUUAGAUUUAAAUAAAGUCUCCGUUGAUUUGAAAAACAAAAAUAUUUCCGCCUCUUCAAUGGCUUUUGGCUUUAUGGGACUUGGCAAUAUGGGGUCUAACGUCGUCAUGAAUUUGAUCAAUUCCGGACACAGAGUCAAUCUUUGGAACAGAUCACCGCAAAAAUGUGACGAAAUCAAGGCCCAAGCAGACGCGAAUCAGCUGGGGUUGGUACAGACAUAUCAAACCCCGUGUGACGUUGUUCAAAACUCUGACGUUGUUUUUAGCUGUUUAGCAGAUUCUCGUUCCGCAAAGGAGGUGGUAAUAGGUAACUGGGGUGUGAUUUACCAAGCCGAAGAUGCUACAGCUCUCCUUGGUAAAGGAUACGUGGAGAUGACUUCCAUUGAUCCGGAUACGUCCAAAGACAUCUGUAAUAUUAUCGAAAGCAAAGGAGGGCGCUAUUUGGAGGCUCAGAUGCAGGGUAGCAAGAAACAAGCCGAAGACGGCAGUCUUAUAAUCUUAGCAGCGGGCGAUAAGUCGCUUUUUGACGACUGUCAAACGUGUUUUAAAGCGAUUGGUAAAACGGCAUUUUAUUUGGGCACCGUGGGCUCUGCCACCAAAAUGAAUUUGUGCAUCAAUAUGGCUCUAGGGAUCGGACUCGCCGGUCUUGCUGAGAGUAUGGUUUUGGCGGAGAGAUGCGGUCUGUCGUGUAAGGAUUUCCUGGAGAUAUUUAAUCUGUCAGAAGGAGCGUCGAACUAUCUGUCGAAUAAAGGGCAGUUGAUUAAUAACCGUAGUUUUUCGAAGGUCGAACAGGCCUUGGAAUAUAUGCAGAAAGAUAUCAAACUAUGUCUUGAUAUAUCAAAUGACGUUAAACAAAACCUACCGGUUGCUGCAGCCGCAAACGAGGCGUACAAAACAGCAAGACGAUCAGGAUAUGACGAACAUGAUGUCGCUUUAGUUUUCAUGAAGAUGCGACAUUAGUGAAAAUAUACAAUGUUUUUUUCAACUUAGUUAACUUGGAACAUAGUAGUGUUCUUCCACUGGAUUCUUUUAAUGAUUCGUAUCGAUUUUGUAAAUUUUUCCUUUUUUUUGAAGACAUUACUGUGCCUACAACAUGUUUACUGCAAUCUAUAAUUUAGUUUGAAUUUAUGUCAAAGAUUGAAGUAAAAUACAGUACUAAAAAUUAAGUCUUACGUUGUUUAAAUUGCGUGAGUUAUUUAUUGCAUUGUCGCUUUAAUUGUAAUUAUUAGUAAUUUACAAUUUUCGACGUUUGUUGCAUAUUUUAAAUUUUUCAGGAUAAAGACAAAUGUCUACAUACUGAGUAGAUUUAUUCAACAAGUAUGCAAUUACUAUAAAUUGAGUUUGUAAUUAACUUUUUGUUUAGGUGUUCCGUAAGUUUUUUAUUACAUAAUGAAUAGUUUAUCAAUAAAAGUAUAAACAAGUA